AUGGACACGGCCGUCUUCCUGGAGUACCUUCCAAGCAGCAAGCAGUGGCCUCUCACCGCUCUGGCUUUCGCUGGCUUCCUGGGCUGGGGCUUCUUGAUUUCAAACCCAUGGAACUGCUCCGAUGCUGCAAGUUGCACCAAGGCUAACAACUGGGGAUGGCGGUAUACCAUGUUCACCGGCGGCGCCCUUGUCUUUGUAAUGUCCGUGCUUCGGGUGACUGUCAUCAAAUACUUGGCUACAACGUACAACCGGCCAUGCCCCUUGACCAAGGCAGAUCCUGCGGCUUGCGGAACAGUCAUCUCUGCCCAUAGCAAGAAACGGUUUUCUGUUGGCGAGACCUUGCUGCACAUCCGAGGCUUUUUCAGCAACAAGAAGAUGAGCUCCUCGACGACUGGCAUUUUCCUGUCUUGGACCCAAAUAGGCCUGGCCUAUCCAACGUUUUACGUUUUUCUUCCGACAUACCUUGCAACCAAAGGCGUCAUCUUCCACCGAACGCACUUCGAAAGGUGGCGCAAUUAUGCCCUCACCAACAUCAGUGGGAUACCUGGUCCUAUUGUCGCCGGUUUCAUGUGUAACACGAAGCUUGGGCGCAAAUACACUAUGGCUAUCGGUGCGAUGAUCACGACGGCCUUUUUCUCCGCCUACACGGCUGUGCAGACCUCCAUGCAAGACUUGACGCUGACUUGCGUCAUUGCCUUCUGCAUCAACAUUUACUACGGAACUCUCUAA